CACUCUCGACUUUCUUUGUAGACCGUACUCUCGCACUCCUACUGCUCUCACCACCAGCGACUGCCCACACGACCGUCGACGUGGCAGUACAGCUCGGCGCCUCCCGCGACCCGCGACUCACUCCAAGUUCCGCUUGUGAACGUCCCUGAUCCGUCGCACAUUCACCUCCGUCGACGUCUCUCGGCACUCACAAUGGUCAGCAGCUGUGCACAAUAACCAUGCGCUCCCCACCCGCACGCACUAGACUCAAGGUCUAACCGACGACCUUCUAUCUUCACUUUCUGCAUUGUUUCGUCCUCGACAUCGACACCUGCGCCAUCGAAUCCGCGACACCGUCGACAUGGCGGGCGCCUUCACCGAUGGCCCGCUGUCGCCAUUGAAAGAGGUGGGCAGCUGGCUGGCCUCCCUCAUUCCCAGCAAGCAGUCGCUGAGGAAGCCGCAUUUCAACUUCAUUACCCUACACUACAUGUUCAUGGUGGGCAUGACCAUCAUUGGCUCCAUCAUGCUUUAUGCGGCGGGCGGAUUGGCUUACAUCGACGCUCUCUUCUUCGCCGCUGGCAUGGCGACACAAUCAGGCCUCAACACCAUCGAUGUCAACGACCUCCUCCUCUACCAGCAAGUCGUCAUGAUGCUCGUCACCUGCAUAUGCACUCCCAUCUUCAUCAAUACAUUCGUGGUCUUCGUGCGCUUAUACUGGUUUGAGAAGCGCUUCGAGCAUAUCGUGAAGGAAUCCCGGGCCAAGAGAGGGCGAACGAGAUUCACGCUGAGCAGAUCGAGAAGCCAGAUGCGCGGAGAUAAAGACGCUCGAGACAACGUGGCAGGCCAGUUGGAAGCUGGAGGCGUUCGGGAGAAGUCAAUCACGGUGGACACAGACACCGCACGAUUUAUCGAUAGAAACGGCAACGACGAGGACACGGAGACGAAACGACAACAUUUCAAACAGAAGAUUGGACCGAGCAUCGGACUGGAGAGUGUAGAGCAGAAGUCCCCGGAAUCGAGCAGGACGAAUAGCAAGGAUAGAGAGAACGAGGCUGGCUCUUCCGAAUCGACGAUAGUAGUGCCCACGGCUCAACAUCCAGAGCUGUCUUCCAUGCCGACCGAAGAGCCAGAUACCCCCUUCAUGGGCCUGAACCCCAGACUCCACAGAGAAAUCACCUUCGCAGAUGAGGUUCCCAGAUCUGGACGUCAGUCCCCUGAGAUCUCACGCAUUCCCGAGCACCGAGAUGUAUCCAAGCAUAUCGAGUUUUUAGAGCGGCAACAGGCCAACGCAAAGAAAGGUGGCGCACUCUACAUACCUGGCCCACGAGACUUCGACCGGGGCGAAUUACCAGAACAACUGGACGAGGAUACCACCAUGUCACGGUUGCACACAAAGGUGUCUGCAGGCGGGGCGUCCCUCACGCGCCCUAAGAGUGCUGGUGGUCGCAGCGAGGUCUCUCACGAGGAUCGUCAGGUUAGACGCGGUAUCACUAUUGACGUACCCGACCAUCCUGCCCAUCGGGAACGGGCGACCACUAAGAGUAAAGACGAAGGACACGAGAAGACCGAAGAUGGUAAAGACGACAAGGACGGCGAGGAGUCCACCCACGAGCGCUCUCGCCUUUGGAGAAUCUUGAGCAUGUUCGGCGUAGGCCGGCGUCGGGAGUCCCGCUUCCCAAACAUUACUGAGGGUCGACGUAGCUUUGCCAGAGCCUGGACGAAUCUCACGGGACCGAGUAACAUUGAGCCCAUGCCGUACUUCGACUGGACUGCCACGACAGGUCGCAACAGUAUGUUCAUGGGCCUCACAUCCGAGCAACGCGAGGAAUUGGGAGGCAUCGAAUAUCGGGCGCUCAAGACACUGGCCAAGAUCCUGAUCGGUUACUACGUUGGUUUCCACACCCUGGGCAUGACUGUGUUGCUCCCUUGGAUCAAGCAUACCGAGCCAUGGAAAAGCAGAGUCGAAUAUUGGCAUCAAGACCCGGGUUGGUGGGGCGUGUUCACCCCAGCCUCUAUGCUGAACGACCUGGGCUUCACGAUCGUCCCGACUUCGAUGACUGAAUUCCAAGGUGCGGUGCUGCCUCUACUCUUUGGGUCAUUCCUCAUCAUCAUCGGCAACACUGGCUUUCCGUGCAUGCUGCGCUUCAUCAUUUGGAUCCUGUCCAAGGUCGUCACAUCCGAAAGUGAGCUAUGGAAAGAACUUCGCUUCCUACUCGAUCAUCCACGCCGCUGCUUCACCUUGCUCUUUCCUAGCAAGGCCACGUGGUGGUUGUUUUGGGUGCUGAUUGGGCUGAAUCUUAUUGACCUGAUCUUCUUCAUCAUUCUGGAUCUCAACCAGGACGUGGUCGCUAAUCUGCAUCCGGGAAUCAGAGUUCUCAACGGGUGGUUCCAGGCUGCUUCGACCCGGACAGCAGGAUUCGCCUCAGUCAAUCUGGCAGACCUUCACGCGGCGAUUCAAGUCAGUUAUAUGAUAAUGAUGUACAUCUCCGUGUUCCCAAUCGCCAUCACCCUUCGAAGGACGAACGUCUACGAAGAGAAAUCGCUUGGAAUCUUUGGUGGCGAGGAGGCAGCUGGUGAUGACGACGAGCAAAGCUACGUCAGUCAACAUCUGCGUAGGCAGCUGUCCUUUGAUUUGUGGUACAUUUUCUUGGGACUCUUCAUCAUCGCAAUCGUCGAGGGUGACAAGAUUGCCAACACGAAUGAGCCCUCAUUCACCAUGUUCAGCGUACUGUUCGAGAUUGUUUCGGCUUACGGAACAGUCGGUCUGUCACUCGGCUACCCUAACACCAACACUUCCUUCUCAGCACAGUUUCGACCAAUAUCGAGGCUUAUCAUCAUUGCAAUGAUGCUUCGAGGUCGUCACCGUGGUCUCCCAUACGCCCUCGAUCGCGCCAUCCUGCUUCCGAGCGACAAGCUUCAGCAGAAAGAGCACGAGGAAGCCCAACGAAAACUGACUCGACGUGGCAGUAUGUUCGCGGAGGAGAAUCAGAACCUAUUUGGUAGGAACGGCAAGGCUCGUACUUGGGAAGACGGCGAACUGGACGAGAACGGACUUCCUGCGCAGCAUACCCGGCCGCAAAGCCGCACAGAUCAGGCUAUGACUGCUGCCGCUGGCGGAGACCAAGACCCUACUGGCCUGCGGAAGGUGAACACGCGUAGAUCCACGAAUCUCUCGACCAAGGGCGGAGGACUCAGUCAUAAGAGAUCUCGCAGUCUCAGUCGAGUUAUCGGUGGGGCAUUGGGUGCUGGUCCUACGUUCUCGAAGCGGGAGUAGUAUCUCUCUCGAUAGAAUACGAGGUGAAAGCAUCAUGAGUGAUGGCGUGGGCUCUCUGGUGUGUAUUACGAGAGGAAGAGAGCUACGAUUACGACUCUCUUUUACUUUUUCUUUUGGGGACUUGCCGCGUUCAAGCGAAAUACCACACAAUGGCAGGGGGCGGCGCUUUUGGAA